AAAGGUAAAGAGGGUGAAGGUUAUGUUCUCAGAAUUGACGGGGACACAAAACAACUUUGCAGAAGUAAGGGGGAUACAGUAAGUGAAGGUAUAAGUCAUGCGGACAAAAAUGACGAGCUACAGAAUGGAGUAAGAUCAGGAUACACAGGGCAAUUUUUAAACAACCAUGUGCUAGAAAGUAUCAUUAAGAUUACCUUAAAGUCCUUUCCGUUUAUGAGAACAGCCCUACGAGGUGUAAAUACCUUCUUCAGAGAAACAGUAGACAAGACGCCUUGCCCUAUGGUAUACAUUCCAGAACUUGCAGAAAAAAGAGUCGUCAUAAGCAUAAGGAAACUAGUAAUGCUGAAGGGGAGAUGCAGUAGUGCUGUUGAACGCCUUCGGGCAGUUAUUAAAUCCCCUAAAUGGUAUCAUGCGUGGGUGAGGUUAGUUCCUCUAGAAUUCGGAUGGUUUGCAAUAUCUGGCAUUUUUUGGAAGAAUAUUGUAAACACACGUAAAUAG